AUGAACAUUGAAAAGAUCCCUGCAUCUGCCCUAAAGUGUGAGAAUGUUGAAGCUCAAUCAUGUUUGAGGGCAUGCGUUAAUGGCUUUUACACUAAUUAUAAAGGCGAAAGAGUUAAUAUUGAAGAUCAAAUUAAUUAUUGUUUGGCAAAUACUAAGUCAUAUCCACCUAAUUACGAUUUUAAAGAGAUAUCUCAUGAUGGAAAUUGCAAAGGCAUUAUAGAAAUUAGAAGAGAGUCAACACUCGAUGCUUUAUAUCGUUUAAGGGAAAUCGAAGGUAAAGAGUCCGUUUGUGGUUUGAAUUUUGCUAACCCAAGUUCUCCAGGUGGUGGAUUCAUGCGUAGCGCACGAGCACAAGAAGAAACUCUAUGUAGAUCUUCUGCAUUAUAUUAUUCUUUGAUCCAGAAAUUAGAUUUUUAUGAAUAUAACAUUCGUGCUGGGGACCUAUUCUCAUCCAGUUACUGCAUAUUCUCUCCAGAGUGUCCAACAUGGAAGAUAGGCAAUUAUAAAGUUCUAGACAAACCAUUUAAUGUUUCUUAUAUCACAUCAGCUGCUGUUAUAGCAGUUUAUGCCAAAGAAGGUCAAAAGGAAGAAAUUGAUAAAGCUAAUGAUGAAAAAAUAUACAGUAUUCUUCGCUGCGCAAUCGAAAACGGUGUCAAAAAUCUUGUUCUCGGUGCUUAUGGAUGUGGUGCAUUUCAAAACAAUCCAAAAACAAUUUCUUUGAUGUUCAAGAAGUAUCUUAUUGAUGAAAAUAUGAAGUCUCACUUCGAUUAUAUUAGUUUCUCUAUCAUUGGAUUUCCCGACACUAAUCUAAAUAUAUUUUCAGAAACUUUUGGUAUUCCUGUUACGCAGAAUAAUUAA